CUUCCGAACACACACCAGCGCCACUUUUAAUCUUACUCUCCACACACACUGUUCCACAUAACGUUCAGUUGCAAUGCCGAAGUUUAUAUCUGAGGUUGACGUUGAAGCCCGAAAAAAGAUUCAGGAGGAUGAAGGUAUAGUCGAAGCUCCAUACGAUGCUAGGUCUCUAUAUGAAAGACUGCAGGCUGAAAAGGAUAGAAAGCAAGAGGAGUAUGAAGCAACUAAUGCUCUGAAAAACCGUAUUCAUCGUCUGGAUGAGGAUGAAGUCGAUUAUCUACAAACGUUAUCUGCUAAACAGUACAAAGCCGAUUUGGAGAAGGAGGAAGAAAUCGCCGAAUUAGUAAAAGAAGCAAAAACUCAGGCAAAUCGACCAGUUCAUGUUUCGUCUACAAAUACUACUACAUCUGGUUUGAGCGCAAAGUCUUUUUAUAAUAAAGGAGGUUCAAGUCAACGAGCUCUCAUGGCUAGUGCUGUUAAACGGAAUUCUAGCUUGGACAUAAUUGGCCCACUGUCAAAGCGAGCAAACACAAGGACAUCUACUUCAAAUGAUCCUUUGGCAAAAUUGUGUACGGAUGAAUCAAAUUAUCGUGGUAUAUCUAAGCACUUGAAUAGACCUCUCGACAUACUACCAGGAUUGAGCGAUUAUUCAGAUUCAGAUUCUGAGAAGUCAACAGAUUCCACUAGUGACGACUCAACAGAUAUAGAAGAUUCCGUUUGUACAUUACAACAAAUAGCGUGUACAAGAAUGCUUUAUACUAAAACUGAAGGUUCCACAGGCAAUGGAAGUGUAUGAGUGAUGCUAUUUUUUGAUGUACCUACGGGCUUGUGCUUUUAUCCUCUUUCUGGAUAUCAUCUACUGUUUGUGUCACAAGAACCUACUUAUUAGUUGACUUAAAUAAACAGACUAAUUUGUGUAUCAGUAAGCAGUUACUUAAUUGAAUAAUUUUUGCACAUAGUCAUAUUUGGAACUCCGUACUGCUAUUCCUCUUGGCAUUGGUCAUCACUCAUGCUUUCAUGAUGUAAUUAUUAGCAUCCGUGUCUAAAUAUGUGAAUUGAAACUAAAGGCUCGUGAAUUUCUGAUAAAUGUCACAAUUGUUUCUAUUACAACUUGAGUCAUAUUCACUAGUGGUCUGUUUGAGAAUAAUUGUUUUAGUUGCUAAUGACAAAUAGUGGUUUGGGCUCGAUCUUAAACAUACUGUGAUACAAGAUAAAAGAAAUAUAUUAAUAUUAUGAGAUCAUUAAUGUGUUCAUUUCUCCUCUGCUAUUCAUCUGAAUCCCCGAAAUAAAAGGAGUAUUCCUGAAUUGUGGUAGUUCAGUAGUCAGAUUACAUGUAAUCAGCAUUCUUGCUUAAUACAAUUAGUGAACAAAGAAUAUUCUUUCAAUAAAUUCCUCAGUCUCUGCUGUUAUAUAUCAAUAUUAGUUACGUAAUAAAAUAGUGUAUACUAACCGUAGAUCGUUAGGACAUAUAACCAUCGUCUGCUUUUCUGAAAGUAUAACGAUCUUUAAGUCUGACUGCUGUUGGAAUAAAGUUCAAAGUGAAUAUGUUAGCAUGUGUAGUAUAAAAGUACGUUGUCAAAUUGAAGUGAAUAACUAUAAUAGGCGGAGUUAAGGUUAAUAAGAAACGAUGAUUGUGAUCAAAGUUCUAUAAUAGCAGGUAAAAGUUUUGAAUAAUGUUCAGUACAUGUGAAAUUGAGUAUGCAGUCAGAAGAAAUAAUGACAUUGGAAUCUAUCCAAGCAGGAAGAGAUUGACUAACGUGUUUGGACGAUUUAAUAUUAUUAAAAUAGUUAGGUGUAUUUCAAUCCAGGAAAAAAGAGGUGGAAUGAUAGUUUAAACGUAACGGUAACGUGGUAGUCGAAUCAGAA